AUGAUGAUCAGGCCAACAAGCUGCGCCUGCUGGGCUUCGACGCUGUCAGUGAUCCUUGGCGCAUCCACUGUAGCGGCGCAGAAACUGGAGGACGUUCUCGCGAAGCAAGCAAACCUGACCACCUUUCGCGAUCUGGUAAAGGAAAACAGCGACAUCUUCUCGAACCUGCCCAAAUCCGGCGUCACGAUCCUCGCCCCCAGCGAUCAGGCUUACACCAAAGGCCAGGGCUGGGACGCCGCCGCAGACGCCGUCCCCGUCGCGCUGCGAUACGGCAUCAUCGACUCCAGGAUCCCCUUCGACGCCCUGUUCCCCGGGAACUCCUCCCUCGAGUCCACUCUGCUCACGGACGACCGCUACUCCAACGUCACGGGCGGGCAGAGCGUCCUGGUGACCAAGGGGCCCAACGGCGAUGUCGUGGUGACGUCGGGCGUGGCGCAGCGGACCACGGCGCUCAAGACGGAUAUUGCGUUCGACGGGGGCCUCGUCCAGAUCAUCGACAGCUUGAUGGUCGCGCCCGCGCGGCUCGAGAAGACGGCCCGCGAUGCGUAUCAGGAUCUGACAUCGUUCCUGGGCGCGCUGUACGCGACGGAUCUCGUCGCCGAGUUCGCGGAGACGCAGAAUGUUACCAUUUUCGCGCCGCGGAAUGCUGCUUUUCAGCGUGUCGCUGGUGUGCUGUCUAGUUUGAGCAAAGACGAUCUUCGUCGCGUGUUGCGCUAUCACAUUGUUCCGUCAAAGGUGGUGGGCAAGUCGGCGCUUACAAACGGGACCAAGCUGCCGACGGGAGUGAACGGGAAGAGCUUGGAAGUGACGCUCUUCAACAACGACAUUUUCAUCGAAUCCGCGCGCAUCAUUCAGACGGACAUCCUCAUCGCGAACGGUGUGGUGCAAGUCCUCGACGCAGUUCUCAACGUCAACUCGAACAAUACCUCACCAAACGUGUCGGCCGUAACGCAGACUCCCGUCUUCACACUCAUCGGCGAAACGGAGACAGGGACGGCCGCGCCCACACCAUUCGCGUCCGCCCUCCCGUGCACCACGGACUGUCCCGUGACCGGUAGCAGCGGCAGCGGGAGAGGUGGGGCCGGCGGUACGGCGACAGGUGGGGUCAGCCCCAGUUCCAGCACCGGAGGCGUAGCCGCGGCACGAUGCACUGGUGGCCUUCCAGCCGCGGCGGGAAUGGGACUCGGUCUGGCGGUGGGUGUGCUGGGGAUGGGUGUCAUUGUCUGA